UCAGGGCCCCCCCCAACUAUGGACGAGCGGCUGCUGGGGCCGCCCCCUCCAGGCGGGGGCCGGGGGGGCCUUGGAUUGGUGGGUGGGGAGCCUGGGGGCCCUGGCGAACCUCCCGGUGGUGGAGACCCCGGUGGGAGUAGCGGGGGGGUCCCGGGAGGCCGAGGGAAGCAAGACAUCGGGGACAUUCUGCAGCAGAUAAUGACCAUCACCGACCAGAGCCUGGACGAGGCCCAGGCCAAGAAACACGCCCUAAACUGCCACCGAAUGAAGCCUGCUCUCUUUAGCGUCCUGUGUGAAAUCAAGGAGAAAACUGGCCUCAGCAUUCGAAGCUCCCAAGAGGAGGAGCCUGUGGACCCACAGCUGAUGCGCUUGGACAACAUGCUUCUGGCAGAGGGUGUGGCUGGGCCUGAGAAAGGGGGUGGCUCAGCGGCAGCAGCUGCGGCCGCCGCAGCCUCUGGAGGCGGCGUGUCCCCUGACAACUCCAUCGAACACUCGGACUAUCGCAGCAAACUUGCCCAGAUCCGCCACAUUUACCACUCAGAGCUGGAGAAGUAUGAGCAGGCGUGUAACGAGUUCACAACCCACGUCAUGAACCUGCUGAGGGAACAGAGCCGCACGCGGCCGGUGGCGCCCAAGGAGAUGGAGCGUAUGGUGAGCAUCAUCCACCGGAAGUUCAGCGCCAUCCAGAUGCAGCUCAAGCAGAGCACCUGCGAGGCCGUCAUGAUCCUGCGUUCCCGCUUCCUGGAUGCCAGACGAAAACGCCGUAACUUCAGCAAACAGGCCACUGAGGUCCUGAAUGAGUAUUUCUACUCCCACCUGAGUAACCCAUACCCUAGUGAGGAGGCUAAGGAGGAGCUCGCCAAGAAGUGCGGGAUCACUGUCUCUCAGGUCUCCAACUGGUUUGGCAACAAGCGGAUUCGCUAUAAGAAAAAUAUUGGAAAGUUCCAAGAGGAGGCAAACAUCUAUGCCGUCAAGACCGCUGUGUCAGUCACCCAAGGAGGAGGCCACAGCCGCACCAGCUCCCCGACGCCCCCUUCCUCUGCAGGCUCUGGCGGCUCUUUCAGUCUCUCAGGAUCCGGUGACAUGUUUCUGGGGAUGCCCGGGCUCAACGGAGAUUCCUACUCUGCCUCCCAGGUGGAAUCACUCCGACACUCGAUGGGUCCAGGGGGCUACGGGGAUAACCUCGGGGGAGGCCAGAUGUAUAGCCCUCGGGAAAUGAGGGCAAACGGUGGCUGGCAGGAGGCUGUGACCCCGUCCUCAGUGACAUCCCCAACAGAGGGACCAGGGAGCGUUCAUUCUGACACUUCCAACUGAUCUCGCCCCUCAGGGCCACAGGGGUAGGGGCUCACAGGGCACCUCUUGAAGAGGACGCAGGCAUCCAGAGGACAAAACCCAGACAAAGGAGAAGCACAAGAUAGAGAAGGGCAAACGGGGGUCAUCCCCUCCCUGGCCAGACUCUCUCAGUGCUGGGGGUGCUGACUACUUGGCAGGGAAGAUGGGGCCCCUUAAGGGGAGAGUGGGGUCUGUCUCCCCCUUUUUUCCCUUUUUCCUUCUUUUUUUCUCCCCCUUUUGCUCUCACAUAGAAACACACGCACCCAGAAUCCUAUUUUUCAGAUUUUUCCUCUCCUCCUCUCUCAUACACACACGUACAGCUAUUCUGUUUCUCUCUCUCUCUCUCUCUCUGGGCUCCCGCACUCUCCUUCCCUCACCCCACUUAUCUGCUCUGGGAUCUGUGGAGAUGCCAGCCCUGCCCAGCCAGAGAUGCCAAAAAUGGGGACAUGACUUCUGGACAGAGGACAUGGGCCACACCCCCUGUGCCUCCCCACCCCCUGCCCCUCCAGACGGCUUUAUUACC